CAACCUCCGACACAGUCGCUUUACCCAAAGCAAAUGUUGCUGCCACAAUCAAUGAAACAGCAAAACAUUUCAACAAUGGAUGAUCAAGGCGAGAGCAAGUCCGGGAUCCGGCAAUUCAUCAAACUGAAAGAAAUCCUUCAAAAGUGGCAACCCGUCACUUUAUGUUCGAUGCCGGAAACGGAUACCCCGCACUCGGGUGAAAAUCACGGUUUUUCCUCACCGGCGGUCAACAGAAGUCUAAAGGAUAUUAUGCGUUAUGAUUCCGAUGAGGAUAGUAGCCACGGUCCAGAGCCACCGGCUGAUGUCCCGAAGGGAUAUCUAGCGGUUUACGUGGGGCAGGAGCUUCGAAGGUUUAUCAUCCCCACAAGCUACCUUAGCCAUCCCGUGUUCACGAUCUUGCUGGAGAAGGCGGAGGAGGAAUUCGGGUACGAUCAUAACGGAGGACUUACUCUCCCGUGCGAGAUCGAGACCUUCAAGUAUCUCCUCAAGUGCAUAGAGAACCAUCCUAAGGAUCGCCCUGUUGACAGCUCGGUUCCGAAGCAGGCAUUUACUUUGCAUCGCCAUUCCAAUUUUCAACCACAUUAUUCUCCAAACUUUCAACUAAUACAAAACUUUCUUUUGAUUGUUGCAGCUGCAGAUUCAUUAGAUUCGUGGGGUUGA